CCUCUUUUUUUUUUUUUUUUUUUUAACGUCCAUUUUUUUCUUGUUUAAAUGCUGCGAUUCAAUGCAUACGACGUUCAGGUCAGCCCACGAAGCUGAAUCCGUGCGUCAAUGCGCAUUUGCUUCAUUUUUUGGCACUUGUUUUUAAUUUGAAUAACUCGGGGAUAUUCCUGCAUCAGCAUGUCAGACAGCGACAGUAGCUGCGCUGGCAGCGCUCUCUCUGAAACAGAAGGAGUCAGCGUCAGCGUACUGAGCUGGGAGCAAGUGCAGCGUCUGGACGCCAUACUGACGGACACCAUCCCGAUCCACGGACGGGGCAAUUUCCCCACGCUGGAGAUGCAGCCCCGACAGAUUGUCAAAGUGGUGCGCAGCAGGAUGGAGGAGAAAGAAAUCCACGUCCGGGACGUUCGGUUAAACGGUUCCGCGGCCAGCCACAUACUUCACGAAGACAGCGGAUUGGGUUUCAAGGAUCUCGAUCUCAUUUUUUGCGCAGAUAUGAAAGGAGAAAGGGAUUUCCAGAUUGUGAAGGACAUUGUUCUGGACUGUCUCCUUGACUUUUUACCAGACUGUGUGAAUAAAGAGAGGAUAACCCCUUUAACGUUAAAGGAAGCCUACGUGCAGAAGAUGGUGAAGGUGUGUAACGACUCAGACCGCUGGAGCCUCAUCUCUCUCUCCAACAAUCGUGGCAAGAAUGUGGAGCUGAAGUUCGUGGACUCUCUUCGCCGUCAAUUUGAGUUCAGCGUGGACUCCUUCCAGAUCAAGCUGGACUCCCUGCUACUCUUCUAUGAGUGCUCCGAGAAUGCCAUGACCGCGACUUUCCACCCUACAAUUAUGGGCGAGAGUGUGUACGGCGACUUUAGCCAGGCACUGCAUCACCUACGUCACAAGAUCAUCUGCACCCGCAACCCUGAGGAGAUCCGAGGUGGCGGACUGCUCAAGUAUUGUCACCUGCUGGUGAGGGGCUUCCAGGCCACGUCUGAAACGGAAAUGAAGUCCUUGCAGCGUUACAUGUGCUCCCGCUUCUUCAUUGACUUCCCUGACAUCGGCGAACAACAGCGCAAGCUGGAGUCCUACCUUCAAAACCACUUUGUGGGUCUGGAGGACCGCAAGUACGACUAUUUGAUGACUCUCCACGGGGUGGUCAACGAGAGCACGGUGUGCCUCAUGGGACACGAGAGGCGACAAACCUUAGGGCUCAUAGCCAUGCUGGCAGUGCGCGUUCUGGCCGAGCAGAACGUCAUUCCCAACGUGGCCAACGUCACCUGUUACUACCAACCUGCUCCUUAUGUGGCAGAUGGAAACUUCAGUAACUACUACAUAGCUCAGGUGCAGCCAGUGUUUGCCUGCCAGCAGCCUGCUUACUCCACCUGGCUGCCCUGUAACUGAGCCAGCCCUGAGUAGAGAAGAAGGUUAAAUUUGUUUGAUCAGGACCACAGUUGCCAACAAACAAAUUGUUUGACAGCUGACAGCAAAGGGAGCCUUUUUUAAUGUUUUGCAUCAAAGCUUGUGUUUUUGUUCAUACUUUGAGUAUGACUGAUAGAUAAAAAACAUAACAGUCGACUUUCAGUCAAUGUGAAAACCUCCCGUUUCUUGAAUUAUAAGAUUUGUCAUACAAUCAGCAAGUGAGCAGCAAAAUCUGCAUCACUGCUCAGCUCUGAAGGGGAAUACAUCCCCCAACCUAACCUCCUUUCAAUGUGGGGAAAAUAGAAGCUGCCAUUUGAUUUACUUGGGUUAUUAAAUCAGCAUUUUCAUUUGUAUAUCUAUAUGGUUGUUGCAGACCAAAGAUUUUAGACUUUUUCUUACAUUGAAUCCCUGUUUUGUAACAGGGAAUGAAGUGAAAGCUCUGUCUAUUUAUAUAUUUGAACGUUUGUUUAAGUGCCUAUCGCCCGAAAAGAACGAGCAGGCCAUUUAUUGUGUGAAUCUGCUUGUUUAGUGCAGCACACGAGACAACAGCACCAGGAAGGCUUGCGAAUGAGACAGAUCUGCAAAGACUGGUAUUUGCAAAUUAAAAGCAUGACCAGUGUUUCACAUGAAAGUAGCAGCAAAAUGCUGUGCAUAGAUUAUAUAUACAGAAUAUUAGAAUUAAGUACAGUAUAUUCUCAGUUCGCACCAUCGUUUUAUCAUGCGUCCAACUUGAAUUCUGAAAUUGUUUGUCACUAAUGAGAGCACUUGACCAAAGUAGUAAUAUCCUGAGAAACCUCCUCAACUCAAGGUUAUCAGUAUAUUUUGUAGGAAAGGGUGAUAUUUCCCCCUCUCUCUCACCUGGGAAACUGCAGUGAGAGUUCACACAGGUCAGAGGCCAAUAGCCACUUUGAUAGCUGAGCAAAUAUGCACUUGAAGCCAUCCUACACGUUCAGGGUGUACAAGAAAUCCAUUUCAUGUUCAUUUAUGUGUAUAGUGAAAUAUGUUCUGUCUUGGCUCAUGCCAGGCUCCAUAAAAAUGGAGUGCCACAGAUAUUGUUUUGUAUCAUUCCUACCUAAAAAAACAACAGUAAUGACAAGAGGCUCCUUGGCGGUGCUACAAAGCAGCUGAACGAGAGCAAAUUCUGCGAUCAGAGGGAGUCAGACAGAGCUGCUGCUUGAAGAAUAUUUGCCAUGACACCUCAGAUGAUGAGACACUAUUUGCUGUAGCACCCUGACAGGGAAUUCCUCAUCUGCUGCUCAAGCACUCCAGCUUGGUCUGCCUCUGCAGAUGCUCUCUUGAGGGCAAAAAAAAAAAAAAAAAAAAUGCACUGCGAAAUAUUAUGGGGAUCCGCUGUGGUAGCAGAUAUAUUGAUGGAAGCUGUUGAUUUAGUCAUUGAUAAUGGAUGUGGAGCAAUAGGUUGUGUGUUCAACAAAAGGCAGACAGAAAACCUGAAGAGAGAAAGACGUGAAGCAGGAGAGAAUCAGUCUGGAGAGAUGGGUGCAGCUGGUGAUGGGGUUUAUCUCUAGAGCUACCAUGCUUCACUGUGCAAACUAGAUCACAAAAUAAUGACAGUGCUGCUUCUUUUUAUUCGGGACACCAUGAGCAUUAUUGCUAUUUUUAUCAACAGAUUUCUUUCAAGAGAGAGAGAAAAAAAAAAAAACAGAAACAGAGGAAUGUACAAUUCAACAAAUAUUUGAGGUGAAGUGUUACAAUUGUAAUGUAGCUCUUUAUUACAUGUUGUGAAUGCUACAUGCAGCUACACGAUAAAACAAUGUUGUACAUACAUGAAUGCUCCAGCUUUGCCAGUUCACUUAUACUGCAGCCUUUCCUGCUGUUUUGUAAUAAAAAAAAAGUGAGCCAAGUCAAACUGUCAUAAAUCAACAUAUGUAUCACCCUGUCUAACACCAUUUUUCAUUUCUUUCGUCUUGUCAGUGAGUGUCUUUGAUGGUAAAACUUGCGAUUGUGCAGGAAUUAUAUUGCCUUUUCUACUCAGUGAUGUGUUGCCACCUGACUAGCUUGCUCGCUACAGUCUGCCUGUUGAGUAUUGAUUGUGCCUAUCAAUUUGCGAUUGUGGAUUACUGCAUUGCCCUGUCUUUGUUGGCUCAAAUAAGUUCCUCAUGAUGCAGUGUUUUAUAGAACAAUAAGGAAAACAAAGAUAAACAUUAACUGCUUGUAUAUUCACUUUUUUUUUUUUUUUUUUUAAAUCAGUGUUUAUUAGUAAAGGAGACUGCAUCUUUUGCAGUGAUUUAUGAAUCUGUGAUCGGACAUAUAUGGAUAUGUUCUCUAUAGCUUUUUUGCUAUGUUAUG